AAUGAUAUUUUCCCCUGUACAUACGCACAUAUAUAUACCCAAGACUUAACUCUCGAAAUCCGCACUAGCAUUCCACUCGCAGCUUCGUCAAAAACCCUAGUCCCCUUCCAGAAUUCAUACCCUCCCAGACGAUGGACAUCGAGGCGGAUAUCCGGGCACUGCAGCUUGAUUCAGCGGAAGAUAAUGCUUCAGUACCAAAUGAAGAUGUGAAGGCACAAGAAUUUGAAAAACCUGUCCUGGUGGAAGAAGAUUUGACUUAUGAGAAUAGUGCAACCUCUCAGCCAGCACAGGUAGAGCCAAAAGGCACCAUAGAAGUGAAGGAUAAGGACACCUGUGCUUUAGAAGAUACUGAAGAUGAAAUUGAAGAGAAUAAGAAACGACAUUUAAAUGUUGUAUUUAUUGGCCAUGUUGAUGCUGGGAAAUCCACAAUUGGUGGGCAGAUACUUUAUCUUAGUGGUCGGGUUGACGAGCGCACAAUCCAAAAAUAUGAGAAGGAAGCAAAGGAUAAAAGUCGAGAAAGUUGGUAUAUGGCAUAUAUUAUGGACACUAAUGAGGAAGAGAGGGUUAAGGGUAUAACAGUUGAAGUUGGAAGAGCACAUUUUGAAACAGAAAGUACAAGAUUUACGAUUCUGGAUGCACCAGGUCACAAAAACUAUGUACCGAACAUGAUCAGUGGGGCAUCUCAAGCGGAUAUAGGUGUACUAGUAAUAUCGGCUCGGAAAGGUGAAUUUGAAACUGGAUAUGAAAGAGGUGGACAGACACGUGAACAUGUUCAACUUGCAAAGACUUUGGGUGUCUCUAAGCUGCUUGUUGUUAUAAAUAAGAUGGAUGAUCUUACCGUGAACUGGUCAAAAGAGAGGUAUGAUGAAAUCGAAUCGAAGAUGGUACCAUUCCUAAGAUCUUCAGGGUACAAUGUGAAGAAAGACGUUCAGUUUCUUCCUAUUUCUGGCCUUCUUGGUUCAAAUAUGAAAACAAGGAUGGACAAAAAUAUUUGUCCUUGGUGGAAUGGGCCGUGCCUUUUUGAAGUUCUUGAUGCUGUUGAAGUUCCCCCCCGUGAUCCUAAAGGUCCAUUUAGGAUGCCAAUUAUUGACAAGUUCAAGGACAUGGGAACAGUUGUAAUGGGGAAAGCGGAAUCUGGCUGCGUGUGCGAAGGUGAUAGCUUGUUGGUCAUGCCAAAUAAGGCUCAUGUAAAAGUUCUGGCCAUUUACUGUGAUGAAGAUAAAGUUAGGUAUGCUGGACCUGGUGAAAAUCUAAGGAUUAGAUUAUCUGGAAUUGAGGAGGAGGAUAUAUUAUCUGGUUUCGUUUUAUGCUGUGCAGUGAGGCCCAUAGCUGCAGUCUCAGUGUUUGUUGCUCAGUUACAGAUCCUCGAGUUGCUUGAUAAUGCAAUUUUUACUGCUGGCUACAAGGCUGUCCUACAUAUUCAUUCUGUUGUGGAGGAAUGUGAGAUUGUUGAACUGAUACAACAGAUUGAUCCAAAGACAAAAAAAGUCAUGAAAAAGAAAGUUUUGUUUGUGAAGAAUGGUGCUGUGGUUCUAUGUCGCAUUCAGGUGAACAAUGUGAUCUGCAUUGAGAAGUUUACUGAUUUUGCACAGCUUGGGAGGUUCACUCUUCGUACCGAAGGGAAAACAGUUGCAGUGGGAAAAGUUACUGAUAUUUGUCCCUAAGUGCUACAUCUUUAGACGACUUUGGUGUGGCAGAGUGAUGGAUCUGGGCUCCAUCCAGAGGCAGCACGGAUGGGGGGCGGAGCAUUGCUUACUAUGGAUGCAGAGACCUUUGUCUUGAUGCUGGAUUUUGCUGCAGAAUUAUGAGUGGUAGUUUGUAGUUGUUGGUUGGUUGGCUGGUUGGUUAUUUCUUCUAGAGGAUUUUGGAUGCCGCAUUCGGGGGGGUACAAAUAUGAUGAGAUCCUUUCACCAAUCCCCAUUUAAAGGUAACUUCAUAGUUGAUUAAUUUCUAUGGAUCUAUUUUAAAUGGUUCAACAUUUCAUGUAUCAAUAUAUUAUAUUUAUAUGUUUAAAUUAUUAUUAUUAUUAUUA